ACUCAGCAGGUGCGGAGGUUACAGGAGGUCGAGUCACGUAGAUAGAUUGCUAGGAAUUUCUAGAGAAUUGGUGAUAUCAUUUUGUGGAUUACUAUGCGCAGAGGAGUUAAUUCAUUGAGAUGUAUGUGAGUAAAAACACCGGAAUGUACACCGGAAUGUACUCAAAUUCUGUGGGACACCCGACUCAACCUCUGAAUAGUCAGAACUUCAUGCAAUAUACGGAUUUCACCGGUUAUCAUCACGUCACAGGCAUCAGUGACCCACAUGCCCAGACGACAGGUGUGUGGAACCCUGCUUACUUAGCAGGUCCGCGGGAGGAGUGGUCACCGUAUGGCCAGAGCGUGGACUUCCACGGUUCGAGCCCAGGUACAGAACAGAUACAUUUCAGUUCCCCGGACCUGACAUCCAUCCUGCCUACGGGGCCGGGUACUCUUCCAUCACUCAACUCCCCUGCCGGGCAGUACUCUCCAGACUCAGAGAGAAGAAACUCAUACGACUGGAUCAGACACAAUGUACAUUCAUCCAGUACAGGAGGGAAGACGCGGACCAAGGACAAGUACAGGGUGGUGUACACAGACCAGCAGCGCCUAGAGCUAGAGAAGGAGUUCCAGUACAGCCGGUACAUCACCAUCAGGAGGAAGACAGAGUUGGCCCUGGGCCUCAGCCUCUCAGAGAGACAGGUAAAGAUCUGGUUCCAGAACAGGAGAGCCAAGGAGAGGAAAAUUACCAAGAAGAAGAUCCAGCUGUCCCAGCAGACCUCUAAGACUACAACUACCCUGACCUUUACCCCAUCCUGCCUGGCUGACCCCAGCAACGGCUCCAUGGCAACCAGCUCCAGCUUGUUGUCAGAGACAAUAUCAAUGACUAUCAAAGAGGAGUACUGAGGAUAACAAUAUUAAACUGCUGUUCCCAUGACAAUCACUACAGAAGAUGUAAUUGACCUCAGUGAUAUGAUGAAAAUACUAUUACAUGCGUCUUGCACACCUGUAGUAGAAUGCUACGGUCUGUGUUAUGAUAAGAAGAAAGAGAUAGAGAAAGAAGAACAGGUUACACUAUGGCAAAUAUGUAUAAAAUACAUAAGUGCCUUAUUUGCAACUGCUUUUGUGUUUAUAUUUUCUUGACGCAAAUGAAUUUGUAACUAAAAAAAUAACGGAAAUGUUUUGAUCUGAUCUCGUUUAAAAAAAAGAUUUUUAAUCUUCAAUAUUUUGCUUUUGAAAGGUUUGAUUAGUUGAGGCACUGUGGAGGGAAAUUCAAUUGAAGAGAUGUUGAGAUACGAAGUAAGCAAGGGGGUAUUUCUCUUCACAUCCUGAUAGUUGAUCUACCGCUGGCCUCAGUUUCUUAAUCAUGAUUCAUCGAGACAAAUAAAUGUCUUGGAACGUCUUAUUGGUACAAAACAUUUGUGUUAUAAACGACUUUACAAGUGUAUCGUUGACACCCUAGGCUACAUAUAGAUGUUUGUCCCGUUUUGCCAAAAUGGACACCUGAAAACAAGUGCUGUAUACCCUGUACAGUAUGUGCCAAGAUAGCCAUGAUCACAAAGGAGAGAAACCACACGCUUUAGCCGUUUACAGUCUCUCCACAAGUGAUGAGUUUGCUAUUUUAAUGUCAUAGGCAAAUGAAAAGUUUCAUGAUUGCACUAUCAAACUGAUAAAAAACCUUAUCUAAGUCACAUGAUGGGUACGGAACUCAUUGCAUUGCUGAAAAACUUAUGGACACUUACAUCCCCAGAUGACAGUAUUUGGCCUUAAAUCUUAUGAAUUUCACAUGAAUCUGUGCAGUCUGCUGAUUUUGAAAUUGCAUACCCCUUUUCUCUGCUUAUUGUCUAAUAUGGGACAUGACAAGAUGUCAGAAGAAUAUGUUAGUUAUAUGAUUACAACAGCAUACCUGGGCAUCUGUGUCACCUGUCUUAUAGAUCAGUAACUAUAGAGAGGUAAUGAUCCUGGGGUUGUGGAGAAUUCAACUGUGAUUGGCCAUAAAGACUGUGUUUAUUACUCCUCAGUUGGGAUGACUGGUAGGCCAAUGCUCUUAACCUUGGACCUCUGACCUCUAUGCUGUACUAUUAGAGAAGACAGGAACAACUUUUGCUUGUUUGUAAAACAGGAUUUUAUUAUCAAAUUAUCAAUGAGCACGACAAGUGACUCCUCUGCAUAUUACAUUGUUAUCAACACUUUGUUAGAAACAUUAUAUAUACAUUAUCUUUAUUUAUCAACAGCCUCUUCACAAUUUGUUCUUUUAGAUUGACUUAUUGAGUGAGAAUGAGAUACCAUAUGGCAAAAGCAUAUAUGCUUUAUUUUUAGUUAAUGAGGGGAUUCUCAACUGGAAAUAAUGCAACUCAAACAGGAAAUGCAUCACCAAUGUUAACCCUCCAAAACCAGAGAUGUGGAAAGGUUCAAGGGAAGAAAAAAAAAAUUGGUGUGAAAAGAUAUGACCAUGUAUCUAAACAACUAUUUUACAACAUUAGCUUAUUUAUUGCACUAGCUCCAAAAACUAUUUCUAAAAAUUAUACAUGAUCAUAUUUUCUGUACAGGUACUGUGCUGUAUAAAGAUCAUCAUGUAACUACUAUCUUCGAUAUAACUAGAAAUGUAUGCAUGUGUGUGUAUGCCAGGAUGAUUUUCCUCAGACAAAUAAGAGUAUAUUUGAUUUUUAGCAAUAUCUCAAGAUGUGUUGACUAGGGAGAUGGACUGCAAGCUUUAAAGGAUUGACUUAAGAUAUUGGUAAUUCAAUUUCUGUUAUGCAAUUAUCAAAAUUCUUUAAAACAUUAUUUGAAAUAACUAUUUUAUUACUUCUAUCAUGCAGCAAACACAUGUAGGAAUUUGUGACAUAUCGCACAACUGAAACAAGACCAAACUGGUAAAACACUUUUCCAAAGAAGGAAAUGUGGUAAAGAAAUGUGGUAAAGAAAAACAGAAGUGAUGUAUCUACUUCUUGGAAACAGACAGUGUCCACAUCUUGGAAACAGACAGUGUCCACUUCUUGGAAACAGACAGUGUCCACUUCUUGGAAACAGACAGUGUCCACUUCUUAGAAACAGACAGUGUCCACUUCUUAGAAACAGACAGUGUCCACUUCUUAGAAACAGACAGUGUCCACUUCUUGGAAACAGACAGUGUCCACUUCUUGGAAACAGACAGUGUCCACUUCUUGGAAACAGACAGUGUCCACUUCUUGGAAACAGACAGUGUCCACUUCUUGGAAACAGACAGUGUCCACUUCUUGAAACAGACAGUGUCCACUUCUUGGAAACAGACAGUGUCCACUUCUUGGAAACAGACAGUGUCCACUUCUUGAAACAGACAGUGUCCACUUCUUGGAAACAGACAGUGUCCACUUCUUGGAAACAGACAGUGUCCACUUCUUAGAAACAGACAGUGUCCACUUCUUAGAAACAGACAGUGUCCACUUCUUAGAAACAGACAGUGUCCACUUCUUGGAAACAGACAGUGUCCACUUCUUGGAAACAGACAGUGUCCACUUCUUGGAAACAGACAGUGUCCACUUCUUGGAAACAGACAGUGUCCACUCUGAAGUGGACAUUUAAAGUAACAGCUGUGUUUUGUAACUAAG